UGAAAGUAAGCCUAACGUUAUUUCCACAUUUCUUCAAUGUCUUUCUUAUUACGAAAGGAAAUAUGAAUAGCCCAUUUUUUUCUCGGUAAAUGCCCAAUUAUUGAGCAGAUAUUACCCGAUUUAACAAACCGCUUACACUAAACGGUGGGGUUCACUUUCAAACGAGUGAUAGGUGAAGAAUAUAAUUCCAUUUGAUUUCCAUGUCAGGUUUGAGUUUUUUGGCGAAAUGAACCCAUCGUAAAGACAUUUGAAUCGGCUUUCAGUAACGGCAAAAUGUAAAGUACGUCAUUAAUAUGGCGCCAAAAGAGUUUAAAGUAGGAGCUUAUUUUUGUUGUGAGGUUGCAGAACCCUCGCACAAGAGGGAGAACAUGAGCGGGCAAGAGGGGAAGCGAAUGGGCAGGCGACUGGGUUUUUCCGGCAGAACGUCUCGAAACUAGCUUGCAACAUUUCAUUCCAUGAAAAUGAAGCACAUAUAUAUAUUUUUUCUUCUCCCCUACUGGAUCUGAAAACACACUCACGUGACAAAUCGGGACCUGGGGGAUAUAUCACAUUGGACUAUUUUCAAAUGCGACAUGGCUUUGAAAAUGAGAUUUGUUAGCUUACCUUGCUAUACCCGGCAUAGCUUUAGCUUACAUUCGAACUGACUUGCUGGCUGCAGCUCGAGGCUAUCUUGCAAGCCGUUAGACAAUUUGGAUUUACGGAUGAUACUCCUAAAGUCUGCUAAAGGUAGCUAACAGUUAGCUACAUUUUAACUGUAUUUAGCUGAUAACUGCGAAGGCGGCCAUCGCAGUUUUGUGUAAUAAUGUUAUGCUGCCGGAUAGACUUUAUAAUGGAUUAAAUUAGUAAAUUGCUACUUUUUAUUUGGACUCUCUUGGGAGAGCAUCUGAUCGACGUGCUGUCACCACAGCCUCGCAGGCACGUCCUGUCACCAACGUGGAUAGUCGGUGGGCUAACGUUAACUAGCUAACUAGCUAGGGUAGUUGCACUGGAAUUUGACCACCGUGAAAUUCACUGUCACUACAUGUGGUUAACUUCAAAUGAUUUCGUGAUUUCUCAUCGUCCAGAGUCGAGGACGUUUUCGCCAUCGGAAGCUGACUGCAAUCAAGGUAAAAAGAUGGAGAGUGAGAAGAAGAGAAGAAAAUACUCCACCAGCAGCAAUGACUCGGACACCACUGACAGUCAAGUGACCUCCUGGUCCAGGUCCUCCAAGAACACCGGGACCAGCAGCACCUGGGUCAGACAGGAGCACAAGAAACCAUCUGAGGUGUUCCGGACGGACUUCAUCACGGCCAUGAAGCUGCCAGACUCGGCCCAGCUGGGCCCUGAUGACUUCUACGUGCUGUCUGACCCCUGGAGACAGGAGUGGGAGAAGGGGGUCCAGGUCCCCGCCAGCGUAGACGCCAUCCCAGAACCUGUCGUCAGGAUGCUACCGGAGGUGGGGCGUAUCCCCUUCUACUGGCCUGUGCAGGGCCAAGGCCGGGGGUGUGUGCUGGGCCUGGGGCUGAGCCAGAGGGACAUGAAGACCACCGACGAGCCCCACAGUCGCUAUGACCUGGAUGACAUGGACGUGUCCUGGCUGGAGCUGGUCAACCAGGAGUUCAGGGAACUGGCGCUGCCGGAGCUGGACGAGCUGACCAUGGAGCGUGUUCUGGUGGAGCUGGAGAGCCAGUGUGAGGAGAACAUGCAGCAGGCCAUAGAGACGGAGGAGGGUCUGGGCAUCGAGUACGAUGAGGACGUGGUGUGCGACGUGUGCCGGUCCCCCGAAGGAGAAGACGGCAACGAGAUGGUCUUCUGUGACAAGUGCAACAUCUGCGUACAUCAGGCGUGUUAUGGGAUCCUGAAGGUCCCACAGGGGAACUGGCUGUGCCGAACCUGCGCCCUGGGGGUGCAACCCAAAUGUCUGCUGUGCCCCAAGAGAGGCGGAGCCCUGAAGCCCACCCGCAGUGGAACCAAGUGGGUCCACGUCAGCUGUGCCUUAUGGAUCCCCGAGGUGAGUAUAGGCUGCCCGGAGAAGAUGGAGCCCAUUACCAAGGUGUCCCACAUCCCCUCCAGCCGUUGGGCCCUGUUCUGCAGCCUGUGUCGAGAACACACAGGCACUUGCAUACAGUGCUCCAUGCCGUCCUGCAUUGUGGCCUUCCAUGUGACCUGCGCCUUUGACCAUGGCCUUGAGAUGCGCACCAUCCUGGCAGAGAACGAUGAAGUGCGCUUCAAAUCCUACUGCCUGGAGCACAGUAGCACUACCGCCCCUGGCAACAGUAACAACGCCAUGGCCGGCAACAGUAACCACACCAACAGCGCUGGUGCCAGCAGCAAACCAGACUGGGCUGGACACGGCAACGACCACAGAGCCUCCGUAACUGCGCCGGACCACCACCAAGCGACCAGCGAGCGGCCGCCGGCAGAGCGUCCAGACCGGGACCAGAUAGAGCGGGAGAAGGCCAGCCAGCGCAAACAGAAGCUACAGGAGCUGGAGGACGAGUUCUACCGCCUGGUGGACCCCAAAGAUGUGGCAGAGAGCCUGGGCCUUCCGGACACCCACGUGGACUUCCUGUACCAGUUCUGGAAGCUGAGGAGGAAGUCCAACUUCAACCGUCCUCUGGUGACGUUGAAGAGAGACGAGGUCGAUAACCUGGCGCAGCAGGAGCAGGACGUGCUGUACCGACGCCUCAAACUGUUCACACACCUACGCCAGGACCUAGAGAGGGUGAGGAACCUGUGCUACAUGGUCACGCGGCGGGAGAAGAUGAAGAGUUCCCUGUGUGACCUCCAGGAGAAGAUUUUCCACCUGCAGAUCCAGCUGCUGGAGGAGGACCUAGCUGGAGAGGGAGUAGUGAAGGGGAGAGGGGGAAAUAGGGAGAAAAGAGGGAGUAGUGAGAGGGGGAAAGAGGGAAGGAUCAGUUCACAGACCAAAAAGAAAGAGAGGUGGAAGUCGGACAACGGCUCCCUCCUCAAACAGCUAGGUUUCCCCAAGACCUUCCCUCUGGACAACUCGCUGUUUGACAGCUGGCUGGCCCAGUCGGUGCAGAUCACGGCUGACGACAUGCUGAGCCAGUGGGCCCUGGAUGCCGGGCAGCACCGUGACAAGACGGCCAGCCUGCUGUCUGACCAGCUGCUGCAGGGAGAGGAGAGCCUGCUCAGCCUUAUGAUGGACCACUCCAUGAAGUCCACCUGGAAGACCCCUCAGCUGGGCCGCAAGACCCGGGGCAAGCCCAGAGCCCGGGCCGCAGCAACCACCCCGCCUUCUGCCACCGCUGUCAGUCCCGCUGCUGCUGCCACCGCCAAGGGGCUGGCAGAUGACAGGCCAGGCCACGGGGCCCGUAGAGGGGAGAGGCCCCGGGGCUCCAAGGCCCUCCACCACCACCACCCCCCCCAGACCAGGAGCGCUGAGGAACCACUGGACCCACAGCCGCCCACCUCCAAAAUGGACUCCUGUCACAUCUCGGAGGAGCGCGGCCCCUGGGACAGCCUCACUGCUACAGGGGCAGCGUCCGCCCCCACGCCGCCCCCUCUGGCCUCCUGCUCCCCCCCACAGCCUUGCAUUAGUCCCGGGACAGUGCCUGAUGGGAGGUCAGGGGGGGGUCUCGGUCACCGCACGGCCCUGCGCCUCCGUCUGCCCCGGCAGGGUAAGUCCCGGGGGAAGGGCGGGGGUGGAGGGGGGAAGGAGGUGGCAGAGCGUCCCCUGGAUAGGGAGCGAGAGAGGGACCCCCACCCAGUGAAGGAGACGUCGUCGCUGCUGGACCCCGAGACGGAUGGCUACUUCUCUGACGCCGAGCAGAGCGACUCGGACACGCACUCCAGCGGCCGCAAGCUCCGCCUGGCCCAGUUGCAUUCUGGGAGCGAGGACCUGCUGAGGAGGAGCGUGCUAGCAUUGUAGAAAAAAAACUGAGACGCUCUCUCACACACACACACACACACACACACACACACACCAUCGUCCAGAAGACACAGUGAUUUCUCAGACUGACCGGAACUCCAUCCCAGCUCCCACUACCGUGGCUACUGUCUGUUCGUCUGUGCUUUUCAGAUCAUACAUGCCGUUCUCUCUCGAUCGCUUUAAUGAACCAAAUCUCUGUACUUCACUAGUCCUAAAUCAGUCUCUCUGCUCUGUUCUGGGGAUUUGAACGUAGCUGUUAGUCAGAUAGCUACAUACACAACGAGACCCUAGAUGUUAGUAGUGCUUGUUAAAGUAACAAAUGCUGUAUGAUGACGUAAGAAGACAAAAGAGGAAAUGGAUUUUGGACAAUGUUACAUUUGAGGUUUUAUUUUGAAGUAUAGCAUGGCGGUGACCCAUGUCAUCAACCCUUCCUCGUGGUGUGGUCCGUGGUGACUAGCCGCUAGCAUUGGGGCGAAUACUUUGUGGGCAUUAUAAGCUGGUUCAGACGAAUCUCUUCCUUUCUCUUGACGUAAGAUGGAUCCCGCGAGGCGAUUCCUGGGAUCUGAUGUUUUUAAAAAGCCUUUCAGUUCAGCAUCAUUCUGAGAAAUGUACAGAAAAUAUCAAACGAAUAUUAGCCUUUUAAAAGCACAAAUAACGGGAACUAACGGGAACUGUAACACAAACAUUGCGGCAUAAACACGCACACUCUUUCAGACAUGCACGCCAGACACAUUACACACACACACAUACUCACACACACUCUAAACGACUCUGUCUGCAUCCAGCCGUUGUAGAAACACACUGGUUGAUAAUUACGUCAGCUCUUCACUGACUCCUCCCUCAUCUUCCGUUUGCGCCUGAAUCAUUGGAGAAACAGUAUUUUAUCGUGUGCCUUCUGUCGCUCCCCCAAAAUAAGUUUAUCAAUCACUUCUAUAAUCAGAUUUGUUACAAUCAAAAAAGGAACAUCUGUUGUAUUGGCCAUCAAGCGUACUGAAACAGAGGGCUUCUCGGACCUUAAUUGUAGUGCCUAAAAAAGAUAUGUAAAUGCAGCUUUUGCCAUUUAAUCAACCCAACCGCUUGCAAAGCCACACAGUUCUACCAUAUUUGUGCAAAGUGCUGCCCCAACAAAGCAACUUCUGGAGUCGUUGUUGCUCCAGUCAGACGAAUCGUAUCAGUCAGCUACAGCACAGAGUUCUGGAUUCUGACUACUUUUUUGAGUUCUUUGUAAAUUUAUGUUUUAGUUUUUUUUCGUCUCAGAGAGUUGUAUUUUGUACUAAAAGCGGUCCACAGUAUUUUCUCAGGGUUUAAAAAAAAAAAAAAAAUUUAAAAUUAAAAAAAAAUGUUUUUGAAGGCGACGAAGAAGGGUUGAAAAUGUAUUGAAAUCCAAGUUAAUCCGUAAAUAUAUAAUACCAUAUACAGCCUUUUCUACAUAUGAUGGGUAUGUAUAGAAAAGGCUCCUUUGGCAAUGCUCACUGUUUAAACUCUGACUACUACUGUGCUGAGAGCUUUGCUCAUGUCUCAGUCAGUACACUACUACUACCCACCUGGCUGUCUCCUGAGUUGAUGAUGCCAAAGAACAGUGUGUAUAACAGACAGGGCACCAUGCACUUACUCUGUCUGCGUCCCAAAAUGGCACCCUAUUCCCUGCUUAGUGCAUAAGGUGCCAUUUGUGACGCAGCCUCACUUGGGAGUUGUGCAUUGCUCAGGCCUGCGCUGGCAUGGUGUGACUCGGCCUUGUUAGGGGGGAGGGGGGGCGUCCUGACACCCACCACCACUAUUCCACCUUGAACUCUCCCAUUCCCUGCUCCCACAGGUGUGUUACUUACUGGCCCUCUGUGCCACUGACCUACUCUGGAUGGAGGGGCCUACGCCCCCCCCCCCAACCUGGAGAGAGUUGAAUGCUGCUGAACCGUGUGUGGACGGGCGGCUGAUGGCUGAGCCUGCUGACAACCCCCAGCGCUGGUAUAACAGGGUCGUAAUGUAGAAGAUGACUCGUUUUUUAUGUUUGUUUUCCUGUCCCAGAGGGGACACAAGGAUUCAGGAUGAAACUUCCUAAAGCAGCGUAUUGGUCAGGUGACACUGUCUACAGCCAGUCUGGCUCCUUCCUUUCCAUCCACCGUAACCCUUGGAGGCAGACCAUUACAACCAUAGAAACAGAAUGAGUAGCACAUUCUAUUCAUUCGUAUUCUACAAUCACAUCAUAAUACCGUAAGAACAACAAUGCUCAUCGUUGUCUGCAGAUAGGUCGUUGGGGUGGGUGAGUGGGGUCAGCACUGUAGCAAACCCCACCACCUAACCGUUUACGUGUUGCUAAGACAAUGAAAUGUAAACUUGGUUUCAAUAUUCAAUAUAUACACAGAUUUAGACUAGGCUGUGUUUUAGAUGGGACCCUUCAUAUACGGCCCCCAACGUAGUAGAAAACAGGUUGUUGUUAUUAUUAUUGGAGAGGGGCGUCUGCGCCCUCUUCCUCUACUUAUGUUCAGAAACAGUAGGCUGGAGUUCUAGUGGUGAGGUGUUUCGGUCCAGCAGGCAGCAGGUGACAGCACUUUUCAUGCAGACGUAUGGAUGGAUGGUAUUAUCCUACAGAGUAUGGAUGGAUGGUAUUAUCCUACAGAGUAUGGAUGGAUGGUAUUAUCCUACAGAGUAUGGAUGGAUGGUGUUAUCCUACAGAGUAUGGAUGGAUGGUGUUAUCCUACAGAGUAUGGAUGGAUGGUGUUAUCCUACAGAGUAUGGAUGGAUGGUGUUGUCCUACAGAGUAUGGAUGGAUGGUGUUGUCCUACAGAGUAUGGAUGGAUGGUGUUAUCCUACAGAGUAUGGAUGGAUGGUGUUGUCCUACAGAGUAUGGAUGGAUGGUGUUAUCCUACAGAGUAUGGAUGGAUGGUGUUAUCCUACAGAGUAUGGAUGGAUGGUGUUAUCCUACAGAGUAUGGAUGGAUGGUGUUGUCCUACAGAGUAUGGAUGGAUGGUGUUAUCCUACAGAGUAUGGAUGGAUGGUGUUAUCCUACAGAGUAUGGAUGGAUGGUGUUAUCCUACAGAGUAUGGAUGGAUGGUGUUGUCCUACAGAGUAUGGAUGGAUGGUAUUAUCCUACAGAGUAUGGAUGGAUGGAUGGUGUUAUCCUACAGAGUUUGGAUGGAUGGUAUUAUCCUACAGAGUAUGGAUGGAUGGAUGGAUGGUGUUAUCCUACAGAGUAUGGAUGGAUGGAUGGAUGGUGUUAUCCUACAGAGUAUGGAUGGAUGGUAUUAUCCUACAGAGUAUGGAUGGAUGGUAUUAUCCUACAGAGUAUGGAUGGAUGGAUGGUGUUAUCCUACAGAGUAUGGAUGGAUGGUAUUAUCCUACAGAGUAUGGAUGGAUGGUGUUAUCCUACAGAGUAUGGAUGGAUGGUGUUAUCCUACAGAGUUUGGAUGGAUGGUGUUAUCCUACAGAGUAUGGAUGGAUGGUGUUAUCCUACAGAGUAUGGAUGGAUGGUGUUAUCCUACAGAGUAUGGAUGGAUGGUGUUGUCCUACAGAGUAUGGAUGGAUGGUGUUAUCCUACAGAGUAUGGAUGGAUGGUAUUAUCCUACAGAGUAUGGAUGGAUGGAUGGUGUUAUCCUACAGAGUAUGGAUGGAUGGUGUUAUCCUACAGAGUAUGGAUGGAUGGUGUUAUCCUACAGAGUAUGGAUGGAUGGUAUUAUCCUACAGAGUAUGGAUGGAUGGUGUUAUCCUACAGAGUAUGGAUGGAUGGUGUUAUCCUACAGAGUAUGGAUGGAUGGUGUUAUCCUACAGAGUAUGGAUGGAUGGAUGGUGUUAUCCUACAGAGUAUGGAUGGAUGGUGUUGUCCUACAGAGUAUGGAUGGAUGGUAUUAUCCUACAGAGUAUGGAUGGAUGGAUGGUGUUAUCCUACAGAGUAUGGAUGGAUGGUGUUAUCCUACAGAGUAUGGGUGGAUGGUAUUAUCCUACAGAGUAUGGAUGGAUGGAUGGUGUUAUCCUACAGAGUAUGGAUGGAUGGUGUUAUCCUACAGAGUAUGGGUGGAUGGUGUUAUCCUACAGAGUAUGGAUGGAUGGUGUUAUCCUACAGAGUAUGGAUGGAUGGUGUUAUCCUACAGAGUAUGGAUGGAUGGUGUUGUCCUACAGAGUAUGGAUGGAUGGUGUUAUCCUACAGAGUAUGGAUGGAUGGUAUUAUCCUACAGAGUAUGGAUGGAUGGUGUUAUCCUACAGAGUAUGGAUGGAUGGUAUUAUCCUACAGAGUAUGGAUGGAUGGUGUUAUCCUACAGAGUAUGGAUGGAUGGUGUUAUCCUACAGAGUAUGGAUGGAUGGUGUUAUCCUACAGAGUAUGGAUGGAUGGUGUUAUCCUACAGAGUUUGGAUGGAUGGUGUUAUCCUACAGAGUAUGGAUGGAUGGUAUUAUCCUACAGAGUAUGGAUGGAUGGAUGGUGUUAUCCUACAGAGUAUGGAUGGAUGGAUGGUGUUAUCCUACAGAGUAUGGAUGGAUGGUGUUAUCCUACAGAGUAUGGAUGGAUGGUGUUAUCCUAC